AUGUCCGAUUCCGAGAGAUCGCCGCUUCUCUCGGCUUCCGAGAGCCUCAACACCGCCAAUACCGCCAACGACCGUCCAGACAAAGAUCCCGCUGAGUCGACUCCGUUAUUAUCGAGCUCGGCCGCAACACCACGCUAUGAUGGCGCAGACGAUGAUUAUCCAGCUGCCGAUGCCGGUUCCGUUGCAUCUCACGAUACAUCUCCAGUAUCCGUCAAGUCUCCAAAAUCGAAAUCAUUACGAUGGCCGUCCCUCAUUGCCGUGCUCGUUUUGUCACUCUCUGGGGUGGCUAUCAUAAUUCUCGCCUUCUUUGUUCCCGCCGCCGUCGAGGAAUAUGCAAAGAAGGCAACCGUCAUUGAGCCCACUAAUCUGUCACUCGUGUCCAUCACAACGAAUGGUGUCCGUGCGCGUAUCCAGGCGAAUCUCCGCUUAGACGCACAGCGGGUGGACAACGAACAUGUUAGGCGAUUAGGUCAGGCGGCUACCUGGCUGGUAGGGGAGCUUGGGACAGAGGAGACCAAGAUCAAUGUGUAUCUGCCCGAGUACGACAACAUAUUGCUCGCCACGGCCGGCGUUCCCCCCCUGACAGUCAAAAUUGCGGACGGUCACAACAACGAAGUGGACUUUGUGGCCGAUCUCGUACCAGGGGAUGCUGAGGGUAUUCGCACCAUCGCCAAUGAAUGGUUGGAAGGAAGGUUGGACGUUGUUCGAGUCCGGGGGCAAGCCGACAUUCGGCUGAGGGCGGGAAUCAUUCCCCUCGGGACUCACUCGGUCUCGGAAUUUCUGACGUUUGAAGUCAACAAAUUACCUCUUAUCCCCGAGUAUAACCUUACGCGGUUGAAUUUCAAAGAGAUGCCCAUUCCUGGCGGCGAGAGGAGAGCCAUGGCAGCGGAAGCUACCAUCACGUCCUUCAAUAAGUAUCCGAUAUCACUUGAUGUGCCCGCACUUGGCUUUGAUAUCCUCGUCCCAGGGUGUAAUCCCUCCGACUCAUCCAUCCUUAUCGCCUCGGCCACAACCAGCCGGGUAGCUGUACGACCGCAUGCAGAGGUGGUUGCGGAUGUUCAUGGCCUCAUCAAAGAGGUACCUGAAACCCUGACCCAACUCUGUCCAAACUCGGAUUCGUCACCGCUAGACAUCAUCCUUAAGAAGUACAUUGGUGGAGAAUCAGCAACCGUGCUGGUGCGAGGCCAGAAACAUCCAGCUGGCGACACUCCGGACUGGCUUACGCAGAUCCUAUCUAGCAUCACGGUUCCCGUGCCAUUCCCAGGACGCUCGUUUGAUAAUCUGAUUCGCAGUUUCAAUCUGACCGAUGUCCGCUUUAAGUUGCCGGACCCCUCAGCAGAUCCCGACGACCCUAACUCUAACCCGAGGGUAUCAGGAACGAUCCUGGUGCUUGCUGGUCUCCCAUCUGAGAUGAACUUCUCCUUGAAUGUUACCAGUGUCCGCUCAAACGCCGAUGUCUUCUACCGGGGUAACAAACUGGGGGAGCUGAACUUGGAGGAGUGGCAAAGGGCAAACUCGACUCAGCUUCCAGCAACCGAGGACCACGAGGCGACAUUGCUAAUUCAGUCACGCGUGAACGACGCACCGCUAAAUGUGACCGACGCAGACGUCAUGACCGAUGUUAUCCAGUCUCUCCUUUUUGGCGGCAGCCAAGUCGUACUGGUCAUCAAAGCUCUGGUGGAUGUCAGAGUGCAAACUAUCCUUGGCGAGCUCGUGGUGAAAGGCGUCCCCGCUGAGGGGGAAAUUCCAGUAAAACCUCUUGGAAGGGACGUCAUGGGCUCUGCUCAGCCCAAAGUUGGGAGCAUCGAAAUCACCGGCACGACGGCCACUUCUAUUUCAUUUAGCGCGUUAGUAAACGUUACGAAUCCCACACCCUACUCGGCACGCAUCCCAUUCAUCAGCAUCCACGUUCAAAGCAAUGGAACGACCGUGGGCGAGGCCCGAGCGGAGAACCUCAACAUCAUCCCCGGCAACAACACAGAUUUGGCGGUUUCGGCGACAUGGGACCCAUUAGGGAUGGGCGGAGACAAAGCAGCCCAACGCGGACGCGACCUCUUGUCGGAAUAUCUGUCCGGCUAUAACACAACUGUCACGGUCCGCACCCAUAGAGGGACUUUCCCCUCCCUUCCGCGCAUUGGCGAGGCCCUAUCAAGACUGAACCUCACCCUGUCGGCACCGCGGCUCAGAUUACCGCCAUCUCCCGGCAACGGUGAUGGCGAUGACGACGACGAAGAAGAGAGGCGCUUUAUCCGCGAUGCCACGUUUCAUAUCCUCUCAUCCACGGCCACGUUCACGCUGGUGUCCCCCCUGACGAGGAAUAUUCUGUACAUCGAUGAGGUGAAUGCGACGGCGUAUUAUAAUCAUACGGAGCCGAUCGGCAGGAUCGAGUACAACCUGCCGUUUGCGGCGCCGCCGGGAGCUUCGCAGACGCCGAGGCUGCCGGUGGAGUGGUCGCUGGACUCGGUUGGGUAUGGCAAGCUUAGGGAGGCGCUUGGGGGAAGACUGAAGCUCGACGCGAAGGCUGUGGUGGGGGUGAGGUUGGGGAGGUGGACUGAGAGGGUUUGGUAUGUGGGCAGAGGCAUUGGCGCGGGGAGACAGCGAAGCGAAGCAGUUGACUCGGGCGCUAUGAAGACGGUUCUGCCCGGCCAGCCCGAAUCGCGGCUUCAGGCACUGGCAACGGGCUGCUGGGGCACACGGCGCAUCACUGCGUACAUAACCGGCAACGCCCUCGCCAUCCUCGGUGAGCCUGAUACCGUGCUUCAGACGGUCUACGACGAUGAUCCCGAACCGCUGCAGGCGGUAGCCCUGGACGAGGCGUCGGGAAAGAUAGUCGUGUGCACCGGGCGCCAUGUGAGGGUGUAUCAGCCGCUUCAAGGGGUUGGUGAAGAUGCGCCGCGCGGCCGGCGGCCUGCAAUCUGCCUCUCGUGGGGCGCAUCCGAAGAGCUCCUCGUCGCGCAUUCUAGCCUCGAGCUGUAUCAGACAUCGCUGUCGUCGACGGCAACCACGACGGUUCCCGAGUGUUCGUGGCGCAAGCGCCUCGCCAACCCGGUCCGCAUCGCAAGCUUGUCAUACGACUCGGCCUAUAUCGCCUCGGUGGGCGAGCACGAACGGCUGGUUAAGGUCUGGCGCCGGCUGAGCUAUGGGUCGAGAGAGGUCAGGUUCGACUACAUGUAUCUGCGGCAUCCCCAGCCCGUGACGGGGAUGCAGUGGCGCCGCCCCCGCCAUCGACGGUCGCUGAUGCCUGCCAAAGCCGAUACGCUCCGCUGGGCGUUUGUGAUGCAUGGCCGGGACCUGUCGGCAGCGACGGAGAAGGCUGUGCAGGAGAACACACCGUCCUCAUCAUCGGCAGAGGAUACUGCCGCCCUUGAACAUGUUAUUGCUGUUGCGAAUCGGAACCCGGAAGUCUGUGUGGUGUUGGACGGGAGGGGUCACAUGUCCGCCUGGGCGCUCGAGAAUAUCGGGUGCAAGACUAGAAAGUCAAACAUCUUCAACGUGGCGCACGUCUCGUCUCCAGAGCUGGACUUUUUGAGGGGAUACGCGGGGGCAAAGAGCUACCCGCAUGUUGAGGCGUACAGUUACUGCAAUUCCGGAGGUCACUUGCAUAUUUUACUGCACUUCUUUGAUGGAAGGAUCGAGGUCUACCGUAGCAACGUUGCGGCCUUGUUUGACCCGAAUCCAAAGCGAAGGCGUCUGAGCCUCAGGUGCCUCUGGACGGGGCACACGGCGCCUAUCCGCAAGAUUGUGCGAAAUUUCAGUGGCAGGGCUAUCGUCUCACGCACGGAUGAGGGACAGAGUGUUAUCUGGAAACAUGAGCUUGACCCCAAGCGGACGACGCUCUCUCGCCUGGUGGCGAUCCCGCAUGAGGGGCAUAUUCACAGGAUGUGCCUGCUCAGAAAGGGGCGGUUCGUGGUGUUCCUUCAACAUCAGAACAUCUCGCUGUGGGAUUGCCGGCAGUCAGAGCCCAAGAUGCUCGCUGAGAGCAGUUAUGGCAUUGCCGAGAAGCCGCUUUGUCUACUCAUCCUCCCGCGGCACAAGGUCGAGGAUUACACAACAGCGCACAUUGCGACUAUAACAUCCGAGAAACAAGGUCUCGUAUGGGAGGUUAAACUCCCUUUCUACUCCCGGGGCAAUUUCACCCCCGUCACGAACGGCAUUAGCCACAGCGACCAUGACCAACAGCAAGGCUCAAUCAAGGAAUUCGCCACGUUCACCCUCCAAGACGCCGGCUCCCUGGCCUAUGUGCUACCCGUCGACCCAGCAGGCACCACGCCCGUCAUCUCGGGCUUCCUUGACGUGUUCGCGAGGGACGUCGCCAUCUCGUACACCCACUCUGGGCGGGUUGAGUUUUGGACCGCGCGGGUCGGCCACCAUGACCAGGGCGUCGAGUGGCUGUCGACGAGCUCGAUGGAGACGGGAAUACCCAGCCCGGCGCUCGUGAGCGGCAGCACCAGGAAGAAGGCGGCGCUUGUUGACGCCGACCGCUCCACCCUGACCAUAUGGGACAUACGCGGCGCCCGGCUCGAGUACACGCAGCAAUUCGACAACGGCCACACCAUCCGCGACCUCGACUGGACGUCAACACCCGACAGACAGUCCAUCUUGGCGGUCGGAUUCCCCCACCGCGUGCUGCUGCUGUCCCAGAUGCGCUUUGAUUACCUCAACCAGGGCCCCGCGUGGGCCCCCAUCAGGGAGAUUGGCAUCCGUGAACUCACGCCGCAUCCCAUCGGUGACUCGGUGUGGCUCGGCGACGGGCAUCUCGUUAUCGGAGCCGGGAAUCAGUUGUUUGUGCAUGAUCGGGAGUUUGAUGCGGGCAGCUCGUUGGUGACCAGCCUAAGGCUGCCGCAAAAGAAAAGGGGGGAGGGCGGUUGGGAUUUGUUUGAUGUGGUGCAGAGACUGAACGGCCCGUUGCCCGUGUUCCAUCCUCAGUUCCUGAGCCAGUGCAUCCUGGCUGGCAAGAUCGCGCUGGUGCAUGGGAUUCUGAUGGCGUUGCAUAGGACACUAAAGUUCUGGGCCGAGGGCGACGAGGUCGAUGAUUACCUUGGCUUUGAUAUGGAGGCUUUCUACGCGGUCGAGCAGUCCGCCAAGACACCCUCGGGCGACUAUCUCGGCCGGCGCAUGUCGUACGGCGAAAGCGACGAGCCCUUCUCGGAGGAGGUGGCGGCCGGGAUCAACGAGCGGCUCACGCGCAUCGGCAUACCGCAGCUCUCGGGCCACGAGCAGAUCCAGCUGAUGGAUAUCGUUGAGUGCGUCGGCCUGGUCGAGAAGCAGCGGCGCUCGCUCGACGAGAACGGCGCGCGGUUCAUGCUCUUCUUCAGGCAGCACGCGCUGCGUAAGGGAAGGACGAACGAGAUACAGAUGGGCUGGAGGGAAAUCAACUGGGCCUAUCACUCGACCAGCCAGGACGUGCUGGCUGACAUUGUGUCGCGGCAGAACCAUGGGCGGAUGCUCUGGCAGGGGGCAAGAGAGAGUGGCCUAUUUAUGUGGCUGGCGGAUAACGCUGCCGUGGUGAGUUUUUGCUGGCGGAUACAGAGGGCUCAGUUUGAGGUGAUUGCGCGCAACGAGUACACCAAGGGCGAGGUGAAGAACCCGAUCGACUGCAGCCUUUUCUAUCUCGCGCUCAAGAAAAAGACGGUGCUGCAGGGUCUGUGGCGCAUGGCGACGUGGAACAAGGAGCAGCAAGCUACGCAAAGAUUUCUGUCCAACAACUUUGAGGAUCCAAAAUGGCGGACGGCGGCGCUGAAGAACGCAUAUGCGUUGAUGAGCAAGAGACGGUUCGAAUACGCUGCCGCCUUCUUCCUCCUGGCCGACCACCUCCAAGACGCCGUCAACGUCUGCCUCAACCAGCUCAAAGACAUGCAGCUCGCCAUCGCUGUGGCUCGCGUCUACGAAGGAGACCAUGGCCCGGUGCUCCGCCGACUCCUCGAGGAAGAAGUCCUGGCGAUCGCGGCGCAAGAAGGAAACCGAUGGAUGGCUUCUUGGGCGUUUUGGAUGCUCCACCGAAGGGACAUGGCGGUUCGCGCUCUGAUUACGCCCGUUUACACGCUCCUCGAGACACCGGGCUCGCCGGAUCUCAAGUCCAAGAUGUUUUUGACGGACGACCCGGCGCUGGUGAUUCUGUACCGGCAGCUCAGACAGCAGACGCUGCAGACGCUGAGGGGCGCCAGCAAGGUGACGCCCAAGACCGAGUGGGAGUUUGUGCUGCACAAUGCACGGCUGUACGAGCGCAUGGGGUGCGAUUUGUUGGGGUUGGAUUUGGUCCGAAACUGGGAGUUCUUCCAGCCAGCAGGUGUCACGGGCAUUGCGGCCGGACUCGGCGGCGAAAUUGACCCGCUCAGGCUGCUGAAGCGGCGGAGCUCGCUCGUGGUGGCGGACCUUCCGGUGUCGCCCGUAUCAGUGUCGGCGUCGGCAUCACAACCGGUGCCAAGUGAAAUGAAGUCGGGCGGGCAUAUGCCCAGGCCGCAGGCGCCGCCGACGGUGUUUGAGGAGCCGGAUGCCAAUUCGCUGUUGGAUAGCUUUGGGUUUUGA